GGGAAAAACUCGAAGUCUUACUCUUUUAGAAGCAUACAAAAAAUUUGAAAAAACAAAAAUGACGGGGGGAGGAAAAAGACGCACGGCUUCUCGGCCGAGGACGUGAAGAAGAAGAUGACGAUGAAGAAAGAGCACACAGCAUCAUCGUCCUCCGACCACCACUCCCACCACAACCACCACCGCUACAGCUCUUCCAUCCCAUGCUCUUCUCCAUCAUCCGCCGCUGCCCUCCACCUAUGCUCCAUUCAAUCUCCCCAGUAACACUCGCUUCUGCUCAACCUCGCCCCACCCGCUCUACACUCUCCGCAAUCCAUGGACUUGGCAUCGCUCGAACCCUCGCUCCUCAAUCGAUCCGCAUUCAUCCCCGCCCCGACGCCUACUGUUUGCAAUCGCCAGAUCAAAAUACCCGCGAAGCUCACUUCGUUCAGUCCGCGCAUCUGUCGUCGAUUCGUGGCCGCGAGUUUCGCAAUCAAUCCGCGCAUUUCCGGCAACUUCUUCGGCUCUAGGUUCCGAGAGAAAGAGGUGCUUGUUUUCGGGAAGAACCAGAAUUUACGCGUUACAAAGGAUUGGGAUUCUGAACUCGUUAGGGGUUUAGUGAAGCCUGGGUUUGUUUUAGCGGCGUUGAUUUGCGGGGCGUGGUUUGUUCGGUGCAGGAGAGUGUUGGCUGCGGAGAGUGCGGUGAGUGCAGGGUACGAGGUGUUUGGGCGGAGUGAAUUGUUGUUAAGGAGUGCUUGGCCGAAGCUAGCGCAGCUUCUUCGCGUUUUCAGAGAGCAAGGGUUGGUUUUGGCCGUGCUUUUGGGUCUCUCUGCGUUCUUCUCAAUGGCGGAGACUGCAAUUACCACGCUCUGGCCGUGGAAGGUGCGUGAGUUGGCUGAAAAAGAGCCUGCCGAUGGUGUUUUCAGAAAGCUUCGCAGUGAUGUUACUCGUUUCCUAACUACUAUACUUAUUGGCACCACUGUCGUUAACAUUGGAGCAACUGCAUUAGUCACAGAGGCGGCAACAACAAUAUUUGGUGAAGCUGGUGUCAGUGCGGCAACCGGAGUGAUGACGGUUCUCAUUCUGCUUCUCACUGAAAUCACUCCAAAAAGUAUUGCUGUUCACAAUGCUGCAGAGGUUGCCCGGUUUGUGGUCAGGCCAGUGGCAUGGCUUUCCUUAAUAUUAUAUCCUGUGGGAAGAGUUGUUACAUAUUUAUCAAUGGGAAUGCUUAAAAUGCUUGGUUUGAAAGGAAUAAGUGAACCAUAUGUUACUGAAGAAGAAUUGAAAUUGAUGCUUCGGGGAGCAGAAUUGAGUGGGGCUAUAGAGGAGGAAGAACAGGAUAUGAUUGAAAAUGUGUUGGAGAUGGAAGACACACAUGUUAGAGAGGUGAUGACACCUCUUGUAGAUGUAGUUGCUAUUGAUGCCAGUGCAACACUUACUGACUUGCAUCAAUUGUGGGUGACUCAUCAAUAUUCAAGGGUGCCUGUUUUUGAACAGCGUGUUGAUAAUAUAGUGGGUAUUGCGUAUGCAAUGGAUCUGCUGGAUUAUGUGCAGAGGGGGGAGCUACUAGAAAGUUCUGUUGUGGGAGAUGUGGCUCAUAAGCCUGCCUAUUUUGUGCCCGAUUCAAUGUCGGUUUGGAAUCUUCUUAGAGAGUUUCGCAUCAGGAAGGUUCACAUGGCUGUUGUUCUCAAUGAGUAUGGUGGAACUGUGGGAAUAGUAACCCUGGAAGAUGUGGUUGAAGAAAUUGUUGGUGAAAUCUUUGAUGAAAAUGAUUCAAAGGAGGAGAUUCAAAAAAAAACUGGCUAUGUUGUAAUGCGAGCAGAGGGAAUUUUUGAUGUGGAUGCAAAUACAUCCAUUGAUCAGCUCUCUGAAGAUCUAAAUGUCAAAAUGCCAGAGGGCUAUAAUUGUGAGACAGUUUCAGGUUUUAUUUGUGAGGCAUUUGGGUAUAUCCCAAGAACGGGUGAGAGCAUUAAAGUAGUGCUUGAAAAGGCAAAUGAAGAAGAGAGUAAUGAGUAUGUGGAAACAGAAUCUGAUCAGCGAGAUCAAAGGGAUCGCCAAGAUAGGAGGGAAAAGCAUCAAAUUUUUAAACUUGAGAUAUUAGCUGGAAAUGCAAGGAAGGUGAGUGCUGUCCGGUUUGAACGGAUAAAUCCCAACACUACAAUGGUGGAGACAAAAGAAGUAACUCGCUUAGUUCCUAAAAUCAUGAAAAGGAAAUGGAGCAGUGAUGAUGAUUCAAAUAGGACUCAUGAUGAUGGGGAUUCAUUCCAGAAGGUAUCAGAGGAUGGCCUCAUUGCUGAACAUGAAGAUGAUCAUGACAGUUCCAAUAAACAGUAGUUACAUAACUUAUGUUCUUUCCAUUCUUACAGCACCAAAACAGAGUAAAGGGUUGAAAAACAUAAUAAAACACGAAAACAAGCAGUUACCUAACACUGUAAAAAAUUUUCACAGAUGAAGAGAGGUGUCAACAUCUGAA